AUGUACAACAAAGCUCUUGUUUUGAAAUAAAGACCGGAUGAAACAUUCCCAUAAAAUAUGGACUUUUUUGAAGUUCGAGAAGUCCCUGUACCUGAACUUAAUGAUGGAGAAAUCUUAAUAAGAGUACUCUUUAAAUUCAAAAAAAGGUCUUGUAUAUAGGAGUUGAUCCAGUUAUGAGAGUUUGGCUUUCUGGAGCUAAAACCUAUAUUGAUGCUGUAUAAAUAGGAUAAGUCAUGCCUGCUUUUGGAGUUGGAAUAAUUGUAGAGACUAAAUAACCAAAAUGGGAUGUAGGUAAAAGAGAAUUUCUAAAUUUUAGGAUAAAUAGUAUUUGGAGUCUUGGAAUGUGCAAACCUCUGUAAAAGACCAACCAAACCAUUAUUUAAAGUUCCACUCUUUGAAUUAGGUGAUCCAAACAUACCACUCUUGUUAUCUAUUUAUGGAGUCACAGGACUUACAGCUUUGAAUGGAAUGAAACUCAUUCCAUAAGAUCAUAUACCUACUUCUGAGAGAUAGAAAACAUUUUGUGUAUCGAGUGCAGCUGGAUCAACAGGAUCUAUAGCUCUCUAGAUUGCAAAACAUAUGGGAUUUAAGACAAUCGGUAUUGUGAGUGGGAGAGAGAAGAAAGAUUUUGUUUUGAGUUUGGGAGCAGAUGAAUGCAUUACUUAUAAUGAUUGUAAAGAAAAUGAUGAGAUAAUUGUUGAGUAUGGAAUAUGAUUAAAUUUAAGCAAAUUAACUUAAGAAAUAAAAAGAGUAGCUCCAAAUGGCAUAGAUGUAUAUUUUGAUAAUGCAGGAGAAGAAGUACUUGAUGCUGUAUUACCAGGAAUGGCAAAAGAGGGAUUAAUUUUAUUAUGUGGAGCUACAUCUACAUACAAUGCUUGGAAGAAUAGAGGAGGAUUGACCAAUUUGGCAUCUGCUAUCACAUAAUAAGUUAAAUUAGAAGGUAUAAUUGAAUAUUAGUAUGUUUAGGCAUCAUAUUUUAUUAGGAUUAAGCUAAAAUUUAUAGUGGAUUUUCAGAUAUGAUUGAAUUAGUCAAUGAUGGAAUUAUCAAACAUUAAGAGGAAAUAUAUUAUGGAGUAGAGAAUUUUGUUCAAGGUUUAAAGAGAGUCUUUCUUGGAUAGAAUAUGGGUAAAAUCAUUAUUUAAAUUGAACAAUAAGUUGAGCAUUAAGCCAAAUUAUGA